AUGAAAACAGGACGAUCAAAGCUUAUGUUAAAACUUGUGGAAGAAACAAGCAAAAAUUCGAAAAGAACGGGUUUUACUCAUGAAAAGCGCAUGGAUGAGGAGGACUGCAUACCAGAGACUCCAGAAUGCCAUUCGCCAUUACCUCCAGGAGCACGCAACGUAAUAGAAGAGAUGAACGACAUUUGUGAAGAUGUCUUUUCAGAUGACGUACACGGAGCAAGCGAAAUCAUAAAAUCAACAAAUGAAAAUAUGGACCCGAACAUACCAUCAUCUACUUGUGUUCUUGAAGAAGAUCCUUUUAUGGCCGUGUAUGAAAAAGCAUCCUCACCAUAUUUACUCGCGUCAGAAAAUCAGCAUGGUGUCGUGUCCCUCUUAAAUAUCACCUCAGCUCUAACCCCUUUAAAUACUUCUACCCUAAUAUCAGACCUGUCACCUUUCCCGCAACCGAUUACCUCGACUGUUGACAACAAUUGA